CCGCAACUGACAGCGAUGCAAGAAAAAAAUAUUGGAGUUAGUCUUCUGUCAGCAUGACCUGCUGGCUGAUAGUUGGAUAUUUCUUGGAAAUGACCUACUUCAGCUGUUAACUUUAUUGAUCAUUUUUUGUACAAAGGAUACUGCCAAAGCUCUUAUCAUGGCAAAUGAAUCGGCUGUUCACAAGCGCAACAUGGAGAGUGCCAUCUUGUUUAUGCAGCAGGAGCACGCCAACACAUUGAAGGCUCUACAUGAAGAAAUACGAAACCUACAGAAAAAGUGUUCAGACUUAACAUUCCAGAUUAAUAUGCAGGGUCUGGGCAUUGAUGACACUGGUGCUACAUCUGCAAAAGUGGAGGAACUACAAAAGGAGAUGGAAGACAAAUCUCAACUCCACACUAAACUAGAAAAGGAGCUAGAAAGAAAGGAGAAACUUGUUCGUGAUAUUGAACUAUUGGCAAAAAAACAAAAAAUGAAAUACAUUGAUGAAGCACGUAAAAAGACACAAGAAAUUGAUCAAUAUAAGGCAGAACUUGAGUCCAAAUCAAACCAAAUUGCUUAUUUAACAUCUGAACUGCACAAACUAAAACGUCUUCAACUUGAGUCUACACCUGUUGCAAAGACUGUGAUCACUGAUGGACAUAUUGUACCAAUGCCACCAUCCCGAGAUCAGUUCUCGGGUCGUGCUCGUCGUGGGAUUAUUCGACACAGUAAGCCAAGUGUUAAACCUGAGGAGCUUGAAAAACGUGCUGUUCGAACCAGUUCUGGAAAAUCCACAAGUUCUUCUCGUUCAGACUCUCCAAUUGAAUUGGCAAAGCCAUUUUUACGUUUAAGUGAUGAAAUGGAUCCUGAUGUCCAAAUAAAGGGUAAUGUUCGACAUCCCCUUCCACCUAUUAGGUCCUCAGUGAGUAGAGAGGAGCCAGCCAAUGGUCGACAGGUUUAUCUGCAUAAAAUGCUUCCUGUUCCACCUCCACAGCUUACAGCUACAAAACACGGCAGGACGAAAACAAGGGAAAUGCCCAUUCUAGCUGUCGAUCAGGUGUCAGGGGCGGAGUCUAAGUGGGCACAACCACAGCAUUCACAUAGCCAUGAAUAUAAUUGAUGUAAAUGUCUUUAUGAACAUUUCAUAGAGACUUUUUUUACUAGUGCCACGGAUAUUGACACAUUUUAUACACCAUUUAUACCUAACACAUCAAGGGGCAAAUAUAAGGAUCACUCUAUGGAAAGUUUGGAAAAGCAAAAUAUCACUAAUUUUUAAUACAGAAUAAAUUUUGAAGUUCUACAAAUUUGUACUUUCAUUCAUUUAUUUGAAAUCAAAUAUUCCAUUAAGUUAAGAUAUUUAUGAUGGUAAGAGUAAUAUAUUCUAUUGAAAAGAUUUUCAAAAAUUUUAGUUUGAAUGUGGUACUGACCGAAAACUGCUCUUAUUUCCAAAUUACUUUUUAAAUGGAAUAUGGAUAUUUGUGUUUUGAAUUCAUAGUCCUUGCACUUAUUAAGUUUUACUUUAAUAGUACCUGGUAAGUCAUUUUGUUAACAAUGUCUUUUUUUGUAUAGCUCAUUGUUACACCAACUUUUACACUUAUAAUAGUGUUUUGCUAAUUUUACAUUUUGUUUUGUACAUGUAUGUCUAGUUGUUUGAUGAUAACAAAUCUAAUUUGUUUGAAAGAUGGAAGUUAUCCUGUCAUUGGCUUUUAGAUAAGUAAGAAAUUUUCUGAUUGGCUGUCAGCGGAAGGUUCAUUUGUCACCUUUCAUUUGCAAACUGUGACUUUGUGACUUCUGUGUUGUUUUUGCUGUCUGUAGAUGGUGUAUUAUGUAUUAUGUUAUAUCGUGUGAUGAUUUCACUCUUUUUUUUUAAACAAUGACCUCGCAAAAUUUUAUGUAACUCUUACAAACGUUACAAAAUAUUAGGAACUAUACUCUUAAGCUUCUCCACAAAUUUUAACGCUACUAAAUGAAAUGGACACAUUAACCAAGUUAAUGCUAUUUAUCAAAAUAUGCCUGCUUGAUAACUAUCACUUGUUCACGGCAAAAUUAAUAAAAAUGGCAUCAUUUAAAAUUGAAUGAUGUAAAGCAAUACUUUCCAGCGGGAUAUUACAGAAAGUAUCAUUCUGGUAAAGAAUUCUAAUUUUGUGCCUGUUGUUUUACUUUCUCUUAAAGUAAAGACUGGUUUGAUUAGGUAGCUGUUGUAUGAUGUGCACAGACAAAAGGAAAACACAUUCAUUUGUUGUAAAAAAAUUUUUACUGUAUUCAAAAUACUGUAUAUUGAGUUAAAGGAAUAUAAAAUUUUGUUUUUUAAAGAAAUUUUAAGAAAAACGAAAUGGAGUUAUUUAAGUCUUUUUUUUUUACCCCUGCAAUUACACUUAACUGCAGAGGAUUGUUGUAGACUUAAUAUAUCGUGCAAUGCAAUGUAAGUGUUCUUUGUAAUGUUGAUUAGGUUAUGUUUAUUUCAUGUAGUAAGUGUUAAGGAGUGAAAGAAAUGUUUUUUAAGUUGCUUAGAAAAAACCUUGUUCAUUCUUGAAUUUCAGGAAUUUGAUAAAUAAUGUAUUUUUUAGAUGGAUGUGCUUUAUUUCUUUUCUAAGAGCUUCUACUGUGAUAUAUGUGAUCGGAGAAGUCUGUAUCUGUAUGUUUUAACCAUGAAAUUUGCUUUCACAAAGAUGAGGACUUACAAUAUAGCUGUGUUUUAGCAGGAUUAAUGUGAAGAAACUAGUCGUGCCGUAGUGAUUUGGAUUUGAGUAUACCAUAAAUUCAUUUUUUCUGUGUAAUAUUCUUUGGAUGUGAAUAUUGAUUUUGAUUUUAAAGGAGGACAAGAGAAGUCUUCAAAUUCCAUGUAUGUAAAGAUCAAUUUUCACAAAUCCUCACAAAUACUAUAAUUGUAGGAUUUCUAAAGGCCCUUAUCCUUAUUGUCAGUUUGAUGAUUUUUAAGCAUUUGGAAAAAGUGGUAUAUAAAAAAUGACAUAAUUUACAAAUAGUAUAUGCAGCUACAGAUUACCCUUGUGCUGAUCAUUUGAAAGAUGAAAUUAAAUAACAUGUAUUUUAAAAAGACAAGAAAAUUAUUCAGAGAAAUCUUUAAGAAAGGAAACUCGAGGGGACAUACUGGGUUCAAAAAAGUCUUUUUGUUUUCAAAAACUUCGAAUUUUUAGACUAACUCUGCCAUUUAAAUGAGCCAAAGUGCUUGAAGUAGUUUUUUUUUUCACCGUCAUCUAUUCUUAGUUCAUUUGGUCAUACAUUAUAUACUAGUGCAUUACAAACAUUUGCAGUCUAGGAUUUCAUGUGAAAAUGAUAAAGAAUAUGUUGAGAGUUGAAAGCAUUGUUGUAAAUGUUGAUCAUGUGUGAGAAUGUCUUACAGUUUAUUAUAUGAAUUUUUUGUCUUAAAUCAAAAUAAUUACAAAACAGUCCUAACAUAAAACGAUCUUAAGCCAAAAAUAAGGAUAUUUGAAUCUCAUAUGGUCACAGAAUAUUUUGUUGUUGUUGUUUUUGUAGAGUUAAAACACAUUUUAUGAAUCAGUUUCUUAGUUUAGUUAUCACCGUGUACGUCCUUGUGAAAUGUUUCUCAGAAAUUUCUUUAUCAGGAAGUUAUGUGAUCAGUAAAUCAGUUAUCUUAAAUUUUGGAGAAUGGUAGAUAUCUGAGCUGGUAAGCGGUGCAUUUUGUCAGAGACCAGUCUGUCCUGUUGUUUGUAACUUAAAACUAACUCUGUUCAGUUCCUCGAUCAUGUAGAUAUAUAUCUGGAUCAAGCUUUAGAUUGAUUUCAACUAGACUAAACUGAUAAACACAAAAUAGUAUGUUUGUAUGGUAAUUAGACUGGAAAUACCAAAAGAAAAACACCACUCGUUGAAUCAUUGAAUUUUUUUUAUAUUACAUGAUGGAAAAUUCAUAGAACAGGGAAAUACUUCAAGUGUAUGAAAAUGAAGAAAUGAAAUUUCACUAACUGUUCUGGUGUUUUCUUCAGGUAAUAACCAUAAUUAAAUACACCAAUAAUAUUGAGAAUUAUUGUGAUACUUUGUUUCAAGGUUUUAAAUGUAUGAAUUUUUUGCAAUUUACUUAUUUAAAUUAAAUAGGAUUUAUAACCUUAUCAAUGUCCAUCCGUCCAAUUCUAGUAAAAGUUGAUUUUAUAUAAAAAGUUUCUCCAGUGAAGAUGGCUUAUUUGUUAAUUAAUUAUACAAAUUUUUACAAAUUUAUGUACACUGUGUCGUAGUGUGUAUUAAAAUGAGUGAUGACAAGGGAUAUCAUUUUAAUAAAUAGCUGUUUCUUUACAACUAUUUCACGAGUUGUGAUCAAAAUAAAAAAAAUAAA